GACUGCAGACAUAGUACAGGAGAUGACCAGAGACUGUGGACAUACUACAGGAGAUGACCAGAGACUGCAGACAUAAUACAGGAGAUGACCAGAGACUGCAGACAUAGUACAGGAGAUGACCAGAGACUUCAGACAGUACAGGAGGUGACCAGAGACUGCGGACACAGUACAGGAGAUGACCAUAGACUGCAGACAGUACAGAAGAUGACCAGAGACUGCGGACAUACUACAGGAAAUAACCAGAGACUGCGGACACAGUACAGGAGAUGGCCAGAGACUGCGGACACAGUGCAGGAGAUGACCAGGGACAGCAGACACAGUACAGGAGACGACCAG